AUGGAAACUCAUCAUAAUAAUUACUUUACGCUUCAAAAGAAAGGUGAAGAAAUCGAAAACUUCAGUGAUAUCGAACACCAACAUGAAGAAAUGGUCAAGGAAAUUUCCGAACGAUUUAAUAAUAACUUGGAAAACCUUCAUAUCGAAAGCAUGGUUCAAGAUAUUUAUUUAAAGCAGCAAAAUGAAUAUUUUGAUCGAAUUAAACAACUUUUUGAAACGUAUAUAAAAGCCGAAGAAAAAAUGACAAGACUUCGAAUCGAAAACACGAAUCUCAAAGUUAAACUUGACGAUUAUCCCAAAUUUCAAGAUAAUUAUUUAAAGCUACAUGAUGAAAAUAACGUACUUAAGGGAAACCUCACAGAAAUUUCAAAAAAAUAUAAAAAAUCCGAGGAAAACGUGGAAAAUCUUAAUCUUUUCGUGUUUAUAUUACUUUUGGGAUUCUUUUUUCUCGUGAUCUUUGAAUACGAAUCCGAUUUGAGUUAUAUUGAUAUGAUGAUGUAA